UCUUUGUCGCUCUUCUGACCAGUUCUCGUUGUUAAUUCCUUAUGCUGGAUGUUUGUACUGGGAUAUGUGGUUCAGUAACCAUCGAUGGGUAGUGAAGUAAUUAACUGAAAUAAGCAAUGGCUUUAUUCCCAGCGUUUGCAGGUGCUGAAAGUGAAAACAGGGCAGCCGAAGAAAGUAAGAAGAAAGACUUUGACUGGUUAAGUAAUCAAAGCUUUUGUCCUGACAUCGCUACAGUCCAGGAGCAGCGUACCUCCGAGAGUGUCCACACACACAGGUCACCAGCACCUCACUCCAGUGGCCCUUCUGAAUCCGAGUCUGUGGAGUCCUCUGACAAAUCAGACAGGGAGGAAGAAGUUGGUAUCAAAAAGAAGAAAAAGAAAAAAGAAAAAAAGAAGAAAAAGAAAAAACACAAACAUCACAAGAAGUUGAAAACGGAAAACAGAGAGUCAGAUAACAGUGAUUUCGAAUCCGAUAUCAAACUUUGCAAGGAACCUUCUCAGUCAGAUUCUACAAGCGCCAAAUGGGACACACAAAACUCUAGAGAACAGGAUCAUAAAGCUUGUGUACAUCAGGAAGGCUUUGUUUGGCUUGAUGAUAUUAAGACACCUUCAGAAGAGUGCUUCUGUAUUGAUAAGAAACCUGAUUUUGCAAACUGGGAAUACAAGUCAUUGUAUCGCAAUGAUAUAGCAAGGUAUAAAAGAAAAGGGAAUUCCUGCCUUGGUAUUAAUUCUAGAAAACAAAGUAUAAUUUGGGAAGAUUUAAAAUCAGAAAAGAAAAAGUCACAAAAACAAGAUGACCGGUAUUAUACUAAAAACAGCCGUGCACUUCUGGUCACGGAUGGACUGUCCGUUUACUGUAGAGAUCAUUUCCAGCGACUGGAUAAGAGCAGUUUCAUACCAGUCCCAGAAUGGAAGGAUGAGGCUGUUGAAACAACAGUGACCUCAGAAUGGAUAAAUCCUUUGGGGAUUUAUGAUGAUGUCACCACGUUGUGGUUGCAAGGGAAGGGAAAGUCAGAGCAUGAAGACAAGAAUCCUCUGCCUGGUAAGCAGAGUGAGAACAUAAGCAGUACCAUGAUCGCUAAAGUUGAACAAUUCAGUAGAAAGCUCAGAGAGAAUCCAGACAAUAUAAUGCUUUGGAUGGAGUUUGUUUCUUUUCAGGAUGAGUUGAUGAAAAGUCCUGGACUGUACAUUAUGGAUGAUAGGAAAUCAGAAGUGCAUAAGAAGUCACGCAAAAUUAUUCUGGAGAAAAAAAUGGCCAUUUUAGAUCGAGCUAUUGAGAGCAACCCAGAGAGUGUGGACUUAAAGCUGGCCAGACUGAAGCUGUAUGAGGAGCUCUGGGAGGCCUCCGCUUUGCUUAAAGAAUGGCAAAAGCUGGUAUUUUUGCAUCCAAAUAGUGCUGAUCUGUGGCAGAAGUAUUUGAUGUUUUGCCAAAGUCAGUUUAGCACAUUUUCAGUGACAAAAGUUAACAGUAUUUAUGGAAAGUGCAUCAGCACUUUGACAGCUGUGCAAGAUGAAAGCAUGGUAUCUCACUCUGCCCUGCCUGGCACAGAAGAAGCGAUGCUUGCAGCAGAAAGCAGAGCCAGACAUGUGAAGAAUACCCAGGGUGAGACAGCAGCAGAAAGCAGAGCCAGACACGUGAAGGAUACACAGGGUGAGAUAGCAGCAGAAAGCAGUCCCAGACAUGUGAAGAAUACCCAGGGUGAGACAGCAGCAGAAAGCAGAGCCAGACAUGUGAAGAAUACACAGGAUGAGACAGCAGCAGAAAGCAGAGCCAGACAUGUGAAGAAUACACAGGAUGAGACAGCAGCAGAAAGCAGAGCCAGACAUGUGAAGAAUCCACAGGAUGAGACAGCAGCAGAAAGCAGAGCCAGACAUGUGAAGAAUACACAGGAUGAGACAGCAGCAGAAAGCAGAGCCAGACAUGUGAAGAAUUCCCAGUGUGAGACAGCAGCAGAAAGCAGAGCUAGACAUGUGAAGAAUCCACAGGAUGAGACAGCAGCAGAAAGCAGAGCCAGACAUGUGAAGAAUACACAGGAUGAGACAGCAGCAGAAAACAGAGCCAGACAUGUGAAGAAUACACAGAAUGAGACAGCAGCAGAAAGCAGAGCCAGACAUGUGAAGAAUACCCAGGGCGAAGAGGGAGAAGACACAGAAGACGACAUGGAAGUGAAGGACAGAACUCUUCCUAAGCAUGAGAUCUGGCUGGAGAUUGAGAGUUCACGUGAAUUUAAACAGUUUUUGCCAUGGAGACCAGAUAAAAGUAAAGGUCAAACAGAAGAGCAUUGUGAAGACCCUGACAGACAGGUUUUAUUUGAUGACAUCGGCCCAUCUAUGUUUAGAAUUACUACACCUCAUCUUAGACUCCAUUUGAUUUCAUCAUUUCUCCAAUUUCUUGGAAUUCCAUCUGGAUACGGUCUUCCUUCAUCUUGCUUAUCUGCAGCGUUAGAUGACAUCUCCAAUUUUGACAAGGAUUUGUCCUUGGACAGACCACUAACAUUUGUUGAUUAUGUGGCACCCGGUUUCAAGUCUGUUGGACACAAUGGAACCAUAAAAAGUGAAAGAUGGCUGAUUGGCCACUGCAGAGAGGGAGAAGAUUUCAUACAAAAUGUCUUUCAGCAGUUAUUCCCUCUGUUUUCAGAGCAUGAGAAGUCAAUUCUUUCAGCUUGUUGGCUUAAAUAUGAAAAAUCCAAGGUGAUUUAUUACCUCCAGGCCAGAAACAAAAAGAAACUAAAAUCUCAGGGAAAAAGAAGUAAAAAAGUAGCCAAGAACCUCCUUAAAACGCCUGAAAAUAGGAAUAAUUUGGCGGUAUGGAAGGAGUAUGCUCACAUUGAAUGGUUACUUGAUAAUACUCAGGAUUCCAGGAAAGUAUUUGAUACUGCUAUCUGUACGUCAGUUAGCCAAGGUCUGAAAGAUCCGCGGCUUUGUGACUUGUGUAUGACUUAUGCUCAGCUAGAAGUAGAAUGUUUGCAGAGUUUGUCAGUCACCGAAGCUGUAUCUCGGGCAGUUUACAUAUUAACAAAGCUUGCUGAAAGUGGGAAGUACAAUGCAUACACUGGACCUGCGUCAUCAGUUAGCAUCCUGAAAGCUCGAAAAACAUACGAGCACCUAUUUCAAACCUGGGUGAAAGGAAACCCUGUAUCAGAACCGUUGUCAUCCUGCAACGUGAUGGAGGCUUGGCUUAGAGGUUUUGUAGGAUGUUUUUCUCUUUUUCAGUAUUUGACUGUAGGAAUUGAUGCUGCCAGUCUCGUUUUCAGACAGGUUCUUGGAAAACUUCAAACUGCUACCUCACAACAAAAUGCAGGAUCAAGAACUGAUCCCUGGACUCCAUGUGUAGCUUCUGACUUUGAAGUACUGACAGUGAUGCACACAGCCCUGCUUGGAUAUCACAUGCGGGUGAGUAUCUACCCUUUGACUCUAGUGCGAGAGACACUAACUGGGGCUUUGACGUGGCAUCCUCACAAUAUUUACCUGUGGAGGCUUUACCUACAAAUAGAAAAUAAAUCCCACAAUGCAAGCAGAGCAAGAAGAUUUUUUGAUAGCCUGUCAAGGACUUCUAGUUCGCUCAUGCCUUUGCUGUUUGCUAUUCGAGCAGAGCAGAAGAGGAAGGAAUUGGUGGAUUCUGUCCAAAGAAUAGGUACCAGAGAAGUGUAUUCAACCCUUCCAGAGACUGGACUGACUAAUCGUAUCAGAACGUUAUUUGAACAUGCUGUUCAGAAUACAAGAGGAGCGCAAUGUCCUUUGUUGUGGCGGAUGUACUUACACUUUAUGGUUAUGCAAGGAAGCAAAGAACAAAGCAAAGGAGUUUUCUAUAAAGCACUACAGGCCUGUCCUUGGGUAAAGGCGCUUUACAUGGAUGCGGCAGAAUAUUUCCCUGAUCAGUUGCAAGAAUUUCUUGAUCUAAUGACAGAGAAAGAGUUGCGUGUGAGAAUACCUUUAGAGGAACUAGAAAUUUUAUUGGAGGACUAGUAAUGAACUGAGAUUAAAACUGUUGCAACCAAUAACAUUUGAGAAAAAGUACAUUUUUCUCAAGUAUUUGCAGCUGUGGGAGACUAAAUGGUGCUUGGCAGAUGCUCCUUGUUUAAUUAGCUGUAUUCAUUCAGAAACAUUGUCAUGUUAAGCCUCACUUUUGUACUCCUUGUCCAGAUGUCCUACUGCUUUUUUACUGGGUAGCAAGGAUUCAAAAUUUUUUGACAAAAGUGAGUCUCAAACAGCAGACAAGAAACAGAGAGAUUCACUUUUAAAAUGUACCAGUUCUGAAACACAAACUAAAUAUCUUGCAAUUACAAAAAUGGCUGAAUCCGUAUUUCCAUAUUGCAGUGAAGUUUCUCCAGAGCCUUUUGUGUCACAGAUUUAUCAGGUCAGUUCAGCGAAAUGUAUUUCCUUGCACCAGUGCACGUAUUUUGAGAUAAGUUGGUUGAAGCUGCAUUUUGUAGGAUUUUCAUAAGCAUAUGCCAGCAGUUUUCUUUUGUGUAUGUGUGUGUGUGUGUGUGUGUGGGGGGACACUUAGCAUCCUGACAUUUACUCUGCAUUCUGCCAUCCAGAGUCUGAUGGAGGCAGUGCAGCCAUUGUUACAGCGUAUAACCUGAAUCUCAGGGACUGGAGGGGAGCAGACAUCGUUAAUUUAGUAAACUCGUUCUGCCUGGAUGACGUGAAUAUUCUGGGUGUAAUAAGCCUGCUGUGAUCCCUAGCUGCAUGCUAGGACAAACAGAUGGAAUGUCUGUCACCUUGUGGCAGCAUUGCCGGCAGGUGUUUUUUCGGGACUUUACCAUGUGAGGAUGAUUUGUGUAUUAAUCAAAUCCAUCUUCGACAGUAGAGUAAUUGCUAGUGUAUUUAAUAGAGGAAGUCUCCUCUCUUACUUCUUUCCUCUUGCCUGACAUCACCAUUAUCCUCAAUAGGGAAAGCAUUUCUGCCGUUUCACAAUUUCCUCCAUUAAACUGUUUACUUUUAUUAUAUUUUUUCUACAGUUUAUAGUUUAACCCACUUGUUUGUUCAUUCUUUACUCCAUUGAAGAAUAAUUCUCCUGCUGUAUAGUGGUAUAAGGACUUUCUUCAUCAGUACUUUUGAAAUUCGAUCAGCUGGUAUGAUUUUAGCACUUAUGUCAUGAGUAGUCAUACCUGCUAUGGCCUAAGCAAGCUGUGUCUGCAGGUGCUAUGCCUCAUGUUGUCCAUCCACAGAUUCUCUACAUCACCCCUGUCACCUGAACAAGAAUUAGCUACCUGGGUUAAGGGACAUACUAAAUGCCAGGGGGUCUAAUUCAUCUGUACCACUCACACUCCAGAGAUUAUCUUGAGUCAUUGCAGGAAAGUUGUAUUUAGUAUCAGAAGAAGAGUUUUUUGCCUAAAUCUGUCAGACUUCCUAAGUGCCUGUGUAAUUACUGGAUUCCAAAAUAGGACCACCAGCUGUGCCUGUACUGUUUUGGAAUGACUUAUGUCACCUUCUGCUGUUGUCAAUGCCAAUAUUUUAACAGUGCCAGUAGCCACUUUACCAGUAUCAGUAAAGACUUGUGGUGUUAUUUAUCAUUUGCCCCUUCCUGAGAUGAUCUCAUUGGAUGGCUGUAAGAAAAGACAAUUGUUAAAACAGUCUUUAGUCAAAGGACAUUCAGCACAGUGCUGUCAAGCAUGAGGUAAGGGAUCUGGAGUCCUUGCCUAAGGACCACCUCACCUGUAUCCUUAUCGAAAUCUGCAGUUUUAACUGCACUCUUCCCCCUGUUGUUGGUUAGUUCUUUCAAGAAUAAGUCAUUUUUAUCCACCUUGUCUGUCGACUGUCAGGAGGCCUUGUGAGGAGAUUUCUCCCUGGAUCCUGCUGUUGGGAAUUGAAUUUUUUGGACAUGUUGAAGUCAACACUGCCUCCUCCCUUUGCAUCCAAUGAUGAAGCCUUGGUGAUUGUGAGCUUUUAACUCUGUUUCCCCGUCAGGGUAGUGGGGUAUGUUUCUAGCUUAGGAAAAUUCUUGUGGCUGGUCAUUUGCUUCCUGCAUGCAUUUUAGCAGGCCCCAUCAAGCCCCAUGUGUGUUGUCAUAUUAGCAUUCAGCUGAAUAAACAUAAUUACGCAAGACUGCGGUGGUGGUGCUGCAGUAGCGUUGUCGCCUCACAGUAAGACGUUGUCCUGUUCG